UAUAAAGCUUCACAGAAAAGAGCCAUAUAAUGAUUGCAGAACCCCUGUUUAUGGAAUUUCAUGUCAGCUAGUGUACUUUUUAUCCAUGCAGAGACAGAUCACUCAAGUGCAGUACCUUAAAGCAAAAAUUUAUCGCAUGCUUUAAUUGUAGCUUUCUUAGUCAUGCUUGCAAUACACCGUAAUUUUGUAAAUAUACAAGCUGCAGUUCUCAACCUUUCUUUAACUUCCUGCAGAUCCAUGUUCCGUAAGAGUGAAAAUUGAAGAAUGUUCCACAUGGCCAGAAGAACCAGCUGGUCCACCUGCUGCUUCCGUAAGAGUGAAAUUGAAGAAUGUUCCACAUGGCCAGAAGAACCAGCUGGUCCACCUGCUGCUUCUGUAAGAGUGAAAAUUGAAGAAUGUUCCACAUGGCCAGAAGAACCAGCUGGUCCACCUGCUGCUUCCGUAGAAGUGAAAAUUGAAGAAUGUUCCACAUGGCCAGAAGAACCAGCUGGUCCACCUGCUGCGAGUGUAUCGCCGGCUUCUUCUGGACAAUUCGUGUGGAUAGAGAAUGUGCCCAGCGUUCUGGUCCAGGAUUCUAGCAGUGUCGACAACGACGACCUGCCUCACAAGUGUCAGCAAUGUGGCAAGAGUUUUGCGUACCCAGGGGGCCUUCGAAGGCACAUCCUCAGCCACACGAAAGAGAAACCCUAUACGUGUCCGUACUGCCCUGAGGCGUUCUUCAAGAAGCACCGUCUUACCGCCCACGUCCGGCGGCACACAGGUGACAAACCGUACCUCUGCCAGCUCUGCUCUCUGGCCUUCACCUGUGAGAGCACCUUCUCCAAGCACAUGCAGGAACACAACUGAGAGCAUCAUCCGCACUCAAUCAACUGAGGGCCUGUGACGAGCUUCAGUUGCGUCUUUGCAAUUGUUCCGUUCUGAAUCAAUGCUUUGUGAAAAACUGCACCAGAUUCCUUUCAGUGUCUGAUGAACCCUCUGGUCAGAGUAGCUGUGACCAUGGAUGUGUUAACACCCAGCUGCGUAGUUCAGAGCCUGUCAUGCUUCUUGUCGCAUGGGUGCCCAUGGUGUUCCCCAAUGAAGAUUUCUGUUUCUAAGUUGCUUUAGCUGUAAUGAAGACAUUGCGAGAGACUGUAGCCCCUCAGGUAGUAAACUUCAAUAAAUGAUCAAUUUUUGCCAUCGUCUGACGUCAGGCAGGUAUGUCCGUGGGUGCGGUUCUUGGUUCAUACAUACAACGCAUCUAUAAGUGAUGUGCAACAAUUGACUGAAGGUGGACCGCUGCCUCUUUUUCUUUGUGCUGUCACAGGCUGUGACAAUGAAUUUGCGUGUGUGUAUAUAUCCACUUAUAUUUUUUGUAAUGGUGCCCAACAGUUGCUGUGAGAACAUUUUUGUUAAUAUAGGUAACUGGCAGUUAACAUUAGACCAGUUUAAGUUGUACGAUGUUUGGGUAAGUGUGACUCUGAAGCCAGGGAAAGAAUGACAGAACUUGCAGUAACUGCAGAUGUGCAAGGGCCUUGCUUGGAAUGUGUGUUUAGCUGCAUCAAUACAAUAAAGGCAAGCUGUCUUGCGUUAACAUUCUUUUUUUGUCAGAACAUACUUGCCAAAAAUUUAAGUGAACAAAUCAAGCAGCUUUCAUGUAUAACAGCAAGGCAAUGAAGUAUCUUUUUCUGAACUCUCGGUUGCAUGAAAUGUUUAUGCAGUCUUCUUUUGUGAAAGAACUGGAAGAAAUUGACAUACAAAGCUCCUACUGUUUGCAGUGUUUCAGAACGUCUGAUCUGUUGAUAAAUUCACACUUCUGGGGUGCCCAACUUGAUAACAGUGAUUCCCUCUUACUCAGAUUGUCUUGGCUGUGCAUGGAAAUUAGUGAUUGCCAUUGAGAGUGGUUGUGUGUCUUCAGUAAGAUGCUUCCAUUGUUCUAUUCAGAGUUGCGUGCAGCCAGUGUGUAGCAAACACUUUACAUUGUCUGUGACUGCAUCCAGAUGCCAAAUAGUUGAGUUCACUGACUGUUUCUUUUGUUUGCUAAUGACAGUUGUAAAUGAAAAAGGCACCCAGUACAGCAGUGCCUACAGUGUGUAUUGAGACUGCUGCCUUUUUACAAAUAGGAUGUUUAGGUACCAACGGAAUGAACAUCAGGCACUGUCAAGCUCAUUAGCAUUAAUACAUUCUACAGCAUAUAAGUGACCUUGGGAAACAUUAGGUAAAAAUAUAUUUUGAGCUGAUAAUAAUAACGAUGCUUCAGUUGGACAAUGAUUGCUACUCGCAAAAAAGUGUUGCCAUUGCAAGAACAGCCACUUUACUGGCCCCAUUCAUAGUUUGCUGUGCAUAGUUGGGCAUCUGCACUGUUCGUCGGUAUUAAAAAUGCGAGUUGACAAUUUCACUUAAUCUGUUCUUGUGCUGAGUUGACUCGACUGUAUGUCGCAUUUUGAAGAAAUAAAAACCUCUGUCGUUCUGUU